AUGUCGGAGUUGGAUGAAACCAAUGCUCAUUCAUAUGUGCCGCCGGCAUCACCAGUAUUGUCAACAUCGUCAGCAUCUCCAGCAUUCCCAGCAUCGCCAGCAGUAGUUGGCACUUAUCAUAGGACGACCGACACCAAUGUCUGUAACGAAGAUUUGUUGUAUAGU